UUUUAAUUUUUUUAAGUAAUGUUUGAAUAUAGGUUUAUUGUAAAUAUUUUCAAUAUUAUCUUCUGAAAUUUUAAUUAGGUUAGAGCUUUAAGAUUUUUUUCUAUGCAAUUAAGCAUUAUGGUCAUUUGAACAGGAAACAAAUGGUUGCAGUUUCCUUAUAAAAUGAAAUUAGUGUAGGGAUAUUAUGUAUUCAUAUUACCAGAGGAUAUAGCCUAUUCUGUUCACUUUACGCUGCUAUAUGGUUUGUGUUUAUACGAUGGAAAAUACAGCUGUGGUGUAUGAACACAUGGAGACGCGUGUCGCUCUCGCGCGAGGAACCGACUUCCCAGCGCGACCCGCGUCUCCGCGUGACCGUACGCUGGCGCUCGAGGUGUCAUUUUUGGGAACUACGUCCAGGAGCUCCCACCAGCCGCGCCGCGCCCCCGCGCGCUACACAAAACUACUUUCGCGCGCAUUUUGUGUUUUUGAUGACUUUCGUGAAGUGCAUAUUUCAGUCGUUGAAAAUAUUCUUCCGUGAGCCAUGCCGAAGUCUAAACCACCUCCGAGCCGCUCUCACAAAAAGAGCAAGAAAGCAAAGAUCAAAAGAAACUUUUGGCUGGAGAAAAAAGCCAAGGAUAACGAAUCUGGAAAACAUCCAAGAAAUAUGAGUGAUGGUUCAGAGCGGAAUAAAACUUCUGAGACGUGUUCGUCAAGUGAAGUCGUCAGGACGCCUAUUCCUGGAUCUCCUGAACUAUCAAUCGCCGAAGAGAUUCCCAUAGAACCACUCCAACCAGAACACAAUGUUGUUGACGAGGGAGACCGUGAAACAACAAACAAAGGAUUCGGUAUUUUAGAUUGGCCAUCUGAAGAAUCAGAAAGUGAACUACCGGAUUUGGUAGUUGAGAAGGACCCUCCACUUAAACCUGUGACUGAUUGUAUAUCAGGAAACCGAUGUGUUGAUAUCGGCCACGUUUUUAAACAAAUGGAAUCCAUAAAACUACACAAAAAGGAAUGUACGAUGGGAAGGUACACGAUUCAUUCAGAAAAACGCUCUGGAUUUUUUUCAACUUGGAGAUUUGUUUGUGAAACUUGUAACCAAGUUCAAGAUGUGUCUUCUCACAAAGACGACUUUGCAGAAGACAUCAAUAAUGCCGCUGUUUGGGGUGCUGUUUCUAUUGGAAUUGGUUACAGCCAAUUAGAGGAAAUGUUUUCCAUCAUGGAUAUCCCCGUCAUGUCAUGCGAAAAGUUCCAGAAACACGAAAGUACCAUUCAACAGGUAUGAUUUGCGUGAAAAGGUCUUAUGAAUAUUUUGAUUACAGGUUUCUGAAAGUAUGGCUGCAUAGAAACGGUGGAUGUCAAUGCCGGCCAUGUCGAUGCUAAUCUGAAAUAUAUUUGGCUUACCUUGUAUGACGUCGGUUUCGAUGUCUAACAGUGUCGAUGGACUAACUGUGCGGCCGAGAAGUAAAUUAUUUUAACUUUAACCAACAAGUUAUUGAAAGUCAUCGACACGGCAUCGACAAGCCAACGACAAUGUUAUGACAUGUGACCCUACAGUAUGCUGUAAUUGGUUCUCUUUUUCGCGCCACAGCAAUCUUAUAAAUACAAUAUCAUUAACUAACACUUUCAGACGGUGUUGCCAACAAUCGAAAGCUCAAAGAUACGAGCAGAGCAAUGACAAUUCCAUUGUAACUCUGCCGCCGACAACCCACCGACAAACGUAUGACGUCAUUUUAUAUCGACGAUACGCCGUCUCUGUGUACCUGGGACUUUAGAGGGUUUAAGAGGGUAUCUUUACAACUAUGUUUUUUCUUGUUAAUUGGGUUUUUAUUAUUAGCAUUUUAAAAGGUUUUAGGACAUAAAUAUUUUUUCCAGAUAUUUUUUUAAGUAAUAUUAUUACAGCAUACUCCUGCUGUUUUAUAUAUAAACCAUUUAGGAACCAGAUGUACGGUAAUUUUCACAUCGAUAAUUACACGAAAUAGUUUUAGUGCUCUAUGUGUUCCUUGACUUCAGUAGUACCUACAACUGUUUAUAUAUAUAUAUAAAUAAAUCUUCAUGACUGUACCUUACAACACGUACACAUACAAUAAAGCUAAACAUAAAAUGACAAGCAAAUUAUAUUUAUAAUUGGCCUGCAAGUCGCAUCUCGAUUUAAAUUCAAUACUUAAAUAUUAUCAAGGCUAAUUAUAUCAUUAUAAUUUUUCCCCCGCAUACUCUGAAUACAUCAUUUUAUUUUUGAUAAAGUUACUCAAUUAGUCAUUAGCAUAAAUUCAUAAUGAUAAUUCUAUUGUAAGAACCAGUUUAAAAUCACAUAUUUUAUUUUAAAAAAAGGCAGUCUUAGCGUUGCAACUAUAUGCAGCGGGUGCAUCAUUCGGAAAAAAUUUAUUGUAAUAAAUAGAAAUUUAGAAGAACACUUUGAUGAUAUCUUUUUCAGGCAUGGGAAAACCAUCUUACAUCUAAACUGAAAGAAGCAGGCCAGCAAGAAAAGAAAAUUGCUGAACAAAAAGGACAUUAUCUAAAUGGCAUCCCCUAUGUAACAGUGUUGGGUGAUGGAGGAUGGGGAAAGCGAACGUAUGGACAUGGAUAUAAUUCCUCUACAGGAGUUGUAAGCACCAAUUUGUUAUCACAUUACUUGUUACAGGUUUUUAAACUGUUGCAAGUAAAAUAUUUUUCCAUAUUUUUAAUAACUUUUUAAAAAUUUUUACUUGUACUAUUGAGGAUUAUACUUUUCAGUUAUAUUAAUAACAUUAUUACAAAUGCUUAUUUAUUUUUAAGCAAGUAAAUUAUGAUUUUUAACAACUGUUUUACUGCUCACAAAAAAAUAAUUUUUAUAUUUUUCAGGCAGUAAUUGUUGGCCAAGAAACAAACAAAAUUCUAUAUCUUGGGGUCAAAAACAAAUACUGCAGCAUUUGCUCCAUAUCAAGUUCCAAAAAAAAAGUGAUACCAGAUCACAUAUGUUUCAAGAACCAUACAGGUCCUUCAACAGCUAUGGAAAAAGACCUUAUCUGUGAAGGAUUUAACCAAAGUAUACCAAUGCAUGGUUUAAUUUAUAAGAACUAUGUAGGUGAUGGGGAUGCUGCAGUGUUAGCAGCGAUUCAACAGAAGUGUGACUAUGGUCGGUACGUCACGAAAAUUGAAUGUGCCAACCAUGCAACAAGGGCAUUUUGCGAGAAUAUCCACAAGCUUUCGUCAAACAAAGCUUAUGAUCUGGAAGCACGGAAACUCCUCAGUAAAGUUGAUGGAAAUGCAAGGAUUUCUCGAACAGAGAGGUUGGUCAAAGGUGUACGGACUGCAAUAAAAGAGGCAUCAAAGAACAGAGGAAAAGAAGCUGUGGAUAUUCUUAGAGCAGAUCUACGAAAUGCACCUGACCACGUUUUUGGAUCGCAUGCCAGAUGCAGAUCUAAUUAUUGUAACAGAAAAGAUUCUGAAGAGGAAAAUUUACUUCAAAAAUUGGAAGGUGCUGGUUUGCUUAAACCUAUUCGAGAUUGCAUAGCAAGACUUGAGAAGAAAGCUGAUAAACUCAUCAGCAACAGCACCACAAAUGCUGCAGAACGGUAAGUAGAAAUGAACAUACUUUUUAAAUGUUUUACAUCUUAUAUACAUAACUAGUAUGUUUCUAAACACAUUUGUGCUUCUGCAGGUAUAUGGCAUUAAAUGCGAAGUUUUCUGGAGGAAAACGAAUACAUUUUGGAAAAA